GAGAGACAGAGAGGGGGAGAGAGAGAGAGAGAGAAGGAGAGAGCCGCGCCAGCGCAGAGGGGCACGGAGACGAAGCAGAGAGCGCAAAAGCUUCGACAUCUGGGGAGAAAAUUAAAACAACUUGCACUUUUGAAAAAAACAAAACAAGAAACAAAGCCAAAAAACAAACAAAAUCGGGACGUAGCGGUGGGAAAAUUUGACCGAUCUUUCGCUUUUUUUCCCUGCACGGACAUAAAAUGAAAGGGUUACCUGGCUGCAUGUUGGAUUUUAAAUCUUAUAUUACACCGCUGCGGCUUUGACUUCAGAGUUGCGCAGGCAGAGUCUGUAUGAGUUGUCUGUUGGAGGAAUUUUAGACACUCCGGAUCAAACUUGAGUUGGACAUCCAGGAACCAGUCAGGGAGUAAGCUAAACCACCUACCCACUGCUCUCACUGCAUGCAGGACACUUAAACACCACUACCACCAUGGAUGAGGAUCAAUGCUACUACAAUGAGACCAUCACCUUUUUCUACAACCGCAGUGGCAAGCCUCUUGCUAAAGACUGGGACACCUACAGCCGGUUGGUGAUGGGCCUUGGCAUCACUGUGUGCAUUUUCAUCAUGCUCGCCAACCUUCUGGUAAUGAUCGCCAUCUACGUCAACAGGAGAUUCCACUUCCCCAUUUACUACCUGAUGGCCAACCUGGCAGCUGCUGACUUCUUUGCUGGAUUGGCAUACUUCUACUUGAUGUUCAACACGGGACCAAACACAAAACGUCUGACUGUUUCGACAUGGCUGCUGCGUCAGGGCUUGAUUGACACCAGCCUUACUGCAUCUGUAGCCAACCUGCUUGCCAUCGCCAUUGAACGCCACAUCACCGUGUUCCGCAUGCAGUUACACACACGUAUGAGCAACCGGCGCGUGGUGGUUGUGAUUGUCAUUAUCUGGACUAUGUCCAUAGUCAUGGGGGCAAUACCCAGCGUAGGUUGGAACUGUAUCUGUAGCAUUAAGUCUUGCUCCAACAUGGCACCUCUCUACAGCAACUCUUACUUGGUCUUCUGGGCAGUGUUUAAUCUUGUGACUUUUGUUGUCAUGGUGACACUAUAUGCCCACAUCUUUGUGUAUGUGAGGCAGAGAACCAUGAGGAUGUCACGGCACAGCUCUGGACCACGACGCAACCGAGAUACCAUGAUGUCCCUUCUGAAGACUGUGGUCAUUGUGUUGGGUGCGUUCAUCAUUUGCUGGACCCCUGGUUUGGUCAUCCUCCUCCUUGAUGUUUUCUGCGCUAGCUGCAAUGUCUUGACCUACGAAAAGUUCUUCCUGCUACUCGCCGAGUUCAACUCAGCCAUGAAUCCCAUCAUCUACUCCUACCGUGACAAGGAGAUGAGCGCAACCUUCAGGCAGAUCCUGUGCUGCCAGAGGCAGGAGAAUGUGAAUGGGACGGCAGCGGAGGGAUCCGACCGAUCUGCGUCUUCCAUCAAUCACACGGUGCUGACUGGCAGCACCAUGCACCACCAUCACCACCACAAUGAACAUUCGGUGGUAUAAAAAAAAAGAAAGAAAAAAGAAAAAGCCCAAUGUCUUGGAUUUGAAUCCAUCUUGAAGGGAUUAUUCUCUACAGGAGAUACAGACUGAGAGAAGGUAAAUGAGUGUAUGUCAAGAAGAAUAUGGCAACUAGAAUGAAAGCUGAAAAGACUCAAGCUGUCUGAAGACAGAGCUGAAGAGAACUCUGAUAGGCUGUUAUUAUUUUGUUUUGUUAAUUUCCAUUUGUGUUAAAUGUGUUGUCACAGGCAAAGAUGAUAUGAACUAUUUAAAAUCUGUGAAGUAGAGUAUUGCCAGUAUAGCCCAUCCUCUUUAUCCAAUCUUCCUAACUCUAUGCCUGGUAGGUUUGUACUAUUACUCGUCUAGAGCCCCAUCAUUACGAAAAGUAUCGGACUUAACAUCCUACAUUUAUGUUAUUGUUGGUUGCUGACUCACCUGAUCCCAGAUUUACAACAUAGUGUUUUUGAUUUUUGUCGGGCAGAAGCUUUAACUUUAAAUGGAUGUGGUGUAGGCUUGAGGCAGGAUAUUGUUACCAAUGUUAUAUAUAUUUCAAAAGAUGUCAUCCAAAGUGAAAAUCCAAUUCACUAUCCUGCCUAUAUUCACUUGUUUUCCAUGUUUUGCAAUCUACCAAAACCCUGUGACAUUGUUUCAUCCAUGAAUUCAACACAUUAUUUUAAUAACCUCAAACAUUAUCAUUUUCUGCUGUAGAGAGUUGUCAUCUAUUGUUUAGCAACAAGUAAAUUACAAAGUACAACCAGAUUCAUUUUUUUAUUCUGUUCUACCUAUCCUCUUUUAUGAACACGCUCUUGUGAAUCCAUUAAAGCAGGUUUUUGCUUCCAUUCAGUUUAAAUAAAGUAAGGAUCCAAUGUUUGCUACAAAUCCUGGAUUGUUUACUCCGUCUAAGGAUUUAAAGGCAAGCUGUUCCAGGGAAAAGAGUAGGAGGAGGACAGUUAUGUGAAGACAGGAUGAGAGUCAUGUUUGGUGCACUUUCAGAGACUUGAUAUUAUGACACCAAAUGUGCUGAGCAGACUGCCUCUCAGUGUUUUCCUUGGUCCCCUGAUGCUGACUUCGGGAGGGAAAAGGGGGACUUGUGGAAGUGAAUGUGAAAGUAUCGCCUGAGUUAGUACCAAAUUGCUUUGUGGUACCUUGAGAAUGAGUUCUUUAACAAAACAACUUAAAAUUAAAAAAGAAAAUCAAAACUUUUGACUCAAAAGCCUUCUCCCACUCUAUUUUUACCAGCUUUCAUGAACUAAUGAUGAUACGUGAGCAUUUACCUACCUCACUUCUGGUGAAUUUAUACCAAGCGGGGUAGAGAAAUAGCAAGAAUGGCUGGUUUAAACCUUUAUGAUUGAUUCUGUAGCCAUGCUAGCCACUGUGUCAGGCAGGGCUGUAGGCACAACAGUGCUAUGACUAUGCUGUUAGGAUGGCUAAUGACUCACAACAUAACCUUGAUUAGCAGCAAGCUGUGCAGUUUGUUGGUUUACACUUUUAAGGCAGUUUGUAAUUUGUCAGUGGUACACAGUGAAAGCUAGCCAAAAGCAGUGCUCUUGAGUUUAGUUUAGUUUUUGUGUUUUUCACCUCCAUUAGAAAAUACACAUUUUCCUUUUAAAAAUAAAGAAUUUGAAUUAAUUGUUUAGAGAAUUCUUGAACUAAAACCCCACAGACACAAAAAUGCACUAAGCCUUAGCAAAUGCUGCAGUUGUUUAACAGAAUCUGAAUGACCAGCAUAGAUUUUUACUUGCUGUAACAUUGGUAUCAGUGAUAUGAAGUAAGCAGAUAUCCAACCAAAACACGUUUUAUUUUGUGUCUCUGUCAGAGAGAUAGUUGACGCUUACUUUAAAAGUAUUAUUGGUAGCCUAUUUUGAUUUUUAUGACAGCAAUGACAAAUUAAAGUUACUCUUAUCUUCCCCCCUUAGGGUGCCUUUAUAACUGACUCACUUAUGAGCCAGUGCAGUUCGAAUGGUGUAAUAUUUCCACAAGUGCUCUCAUUAACUUGCGAUUUUGUGCCAGCUGAAAUCCAGCAUGGCAAUGCUAUGAUGCACAUUGUUAAAAAUUGCAAACUGAAUGUUUUAAAUCAAAACACAUUCUGGCCAAAAUACAUAGACAAACCUCCCAACAACCGACAGCAAAGUGAGAAUCACUGCCAAAAGUACAGUCAAACGUUUUCCAGGAAACCAGAUGUUUUUCAGGAAUUUCAGCUGCAGAGUUAACAUGAAGUCACCAGGUAUCUUUGCCCAGAUGUUUGGCCUAUUAAUCAGGCAAUUUAUGUUGUGAUAUACAGACAAAGUUUUUUUCACCAUCACUCUGCAACACUUGCAUACAUUUUUGAUGCAUGUGUGAGAUAAAGCACUGUGAUCAGGGCACCUUAGUCAUCACUUUUGUUAGUCAUUUCCUUCCUGUGCCGGUGCUUUUUUUUUUAUCUCUAGCUCUGCUUCUACUUGAGCCAAAAUGAGAGAAAUAUUCUAAGGAACCAAUCCCCUAUAGCAAACUUGUUGUCUUAAAUUUGUCCAGCUUUCACAAAAUCUUGACCAGAUUUUGUCAAUAUAUGGCUCUGGACCGAACACUCCAUAUUUGAAAUUCACUGUAACAUUUCUUUUAAGUAUUAAUUCAGGUUAUUAUAUCAAACCAACUAAACAUUCAGUGUCUUUGUUUACUAGUGUGUCAGUCUUUAUGUACCUUUGUAAGUAUGUGUGUACAAUAUGUAUAUAUAAAAUAUAUUAUGCAAAGUUAAUCACCAAAGGGAAACAUGUUUUGUGUCUGUAAAUUUCACUGUGUUAUACUCUGUCCAGAUGUACUGUAGGCUUGUUUGUAUGGGUUUUUUUAAAUGCCAUUUGUAUUGUGAUCCCAAAUAAUGACUUUCCCAUAAACACUAUUACAGCAACAUUAA